AACGCUUUUGAGGCCAGUCUACUUCGCUUUGCUUUUAGAGACGCGUGUGUGCAUUACUUCUAUGCCGUUAUGGUUUUUCCUUCAAAAGCGAGAGUGAUUACGCUUUCGGUAAAUUGAACGAGUGUGUGCUCUCUGUGACUAUAUUGCAUUCGUGAAAAAAAUGUCAAUUAGUGAGAGAAUCCAAGGUUGAAAUUCCACAAGUUUAUCACAGGAAGCGAAUAGUCGUGAAACAUGCCUCAAUGUGCCGUUGCAACGUGCAACAAUACUCAUCGACGCACAAAAGGGGGUAACGUACGUUAUCAUCGUUUUCCUGGAGAUAAUAAAACUCGGAUGCGAUGGCUUCGAUUGUGUGGUAAAACGAUACCGAACUGUUCAACGGCCCGUGUGUGCUCUCACCAUUUCAGUGCAGUUUGUUACGAAAGAGAUGUGCAGCAUGAACUUUUAGGACUUCCCUCCAGGUGUAGACUGAAGAAGGGAGCAGUACCAGAUAAAAAUCUUCCGGAUCAGUUCUUGAAAGAGGAAGUUUUGCCUGAAAGCGCCUUCGAUAUACUUUUAGCUGUUGGUUUGGUGCCUUCGCAGUCGCCGCAGAAACCUUCAGGAGGUCUUCCAUUGGACCUGCAAAAGAUGCGAAUAAUGGAGGACGUAAGAGAAGGAUGUAUGGUUCAGCCUUCAUCGCCAGGCCAUGCAGAGUUGCAGCCCGAAAAAGACAAAACUGAAGAAAAAGACAUCUCAACUGAAAACGGUAUAUCAGCAGAAGCUAAUAAAGAUGAGAUCGCUACCGAAAAAUGUGAACCUACAGAAAAUGUCUCCAACGAUGACGAAAUUGAAAGUAAAGACUUGAAUGCAGUAGAAGGUAAUGAUACUGAUACAGACAUCACCGAUUCCACGUUAAAUAAACGUAAAGAUGAUGAGGAAAAAACAACUGCCAAAAAAUUAAAACUUGACAUCGAUGAGAGUUUUCACCAAAGAAAUAAAAUUUUCGAUGAGUACAUGGAUAUGAUGGAAUGUGAUGACUCCAAUGCUGAUCAGCUUCAAAUACAGUCAGACCAGCUUUCCAACGAAAUAAAAACAUUGAGUGAGCUCGCGCGAGAGAAAGAAAUGGAAUGGAAUAGCAUUAUACAUUUAAAAAAAUUGAAAGAAGAAUUACUGAUGAGAAUUGAUCGAAAAAUUCAAAUAUGUUUGAUGACUGAAGAUAAGAAAGAUGGUGAUUCAAAUGUUGAAGAGAGUAGGAUGAAAACUAGCCCAAAAUUAUUAUCACUCAAUGUUUCCAAAUCUCCACAGAUCGAUAAAAUAAGUAAGCUGCUUUUUGCGGCACAAAAUUCAGAUGAAUCUUUAGAUUUAAGACGGAAUAUGAAGAGUAGGCCAACUCUCGACGUACAAUCCAUCAUAGCAGACUAUAGGCAAAGGCAUCCAGAGAAUAUACCUAGGAGAGGAAAGAGAAUAAGAAAUAAUUAUAAUGGCAAGAAUAGACCUUCUAAUGUAAUGAAUUUCUCAUCUUUAUCUCUGGGUUCUGGUUCCCAAAUGAGGCAUAAUAACUUACAAGAUAUAAGCAACGAAUUGAACCUAAUUUUCAAUACAAUGAACUCGGUUGAAAGUUCUAGAGCAACUAUCGAUACUAGUCAGAGAGUUCCAGAUUCAACAUCCUUCAAAAAUAUGCUUCUGCAACUUGCCAAACUUUCCCAAACUGAAGAGAACGAAAUCCUGGAGACCACGAUGAAGCCUCCACCACCUUAUCCAGAAGUAACAGUUCAUCCAGUCGUAACAACAGCACCUCUCCAGAAUUCCCUAUUGCACGGAAUAUUAACAAAGACACCUUCUAGAGGAGGCUAUAAAAAAGCAUUUAGUCCCACGUUAGCAAGACUUCUAACAGCUCCCGAUCAGUCAGGAAAUGAAACCAAACCAACACUUUCAAUAACAAACAGCUCAGGGCAUCAAUCCAAUAUAUCUAUCGCUGAAAUGCUUUCUUCAAGUAAGGAGGACGAUAAGAAUGAAGAUAGUAAUGAUCGAUUAGUGAUCGAUGAGGGUAAACGGGAGGAGAAACGAGAAUCGGAUAACAAUUCAGAUCCAGGUGAUGAAGUUCCUCAGUGCCAAGGCUGCAACCAAAAAACUGCCCAGUUCGUUUGUGCUGGUUGUGGGAACCAAUGGUAUUGCAGUAGGGAUUGUCAGGUUUCAGCAUGGGAUGAGCAUUCAGAGGUAUGCUGUGGUUGAAAGGAUUCUUCUCUAAUGGAAGUUAUACCAGUAGAAUAUACCAAAGACAGUUUAUGCUGAUAAUCUUCAUCUGAUUGUUCCAAUGCAAUAGCCUACAAUUACUCAAUCUACCGCCUUGAUCAGCGGAAAGUUGCUGAAUUAGUUACAUAUUAGAUUUUUUAUAAAAAAUAGAAGAGAAGGUUGUAAAGAAUACUACUGUAUAUAAGUAAACCAGG